AAAAAGCAGCCCAUGGAAUUUAUCAAGUCAGGUGUUUGGUCCAAGGGGCUAGGUUGACUUGAAAUUAUGAGAAAAAGUAGGGGUAGAUUAAAAUUUUGAAAAUUUGAAAUGGCGAAAAUUUCCCACGCCAUUUCGUUUUCCGGCAUUUAAAAUGACAAACCACUCUUUUAUUUCCAUUGUUUAUUCGCUUUCUGGCUUCUCAUCCCUCUCAGCUGAAAGAAGAUGGCAGGAAAAGGCGGAAAGGGGCUUUUGGCGGCGAAAACAACCGCAGCUAACAAGGAUAAGGACAAGGAUAAGGACAAGAAACGCCCAGUUUCUCGUUCAUCUCGUGCCGGAAUUCAGUUUCCAGUGGGUCGUAUCCAUCGUCAUCUCAAGUCUAGGACAUCUGCAAAUGGGAGAGUGGGUGCUACAGCUGCUGUUUACUUGGCCUCUAUCCUUGAGUAUCUGACUGCUGAGGUUCUUGAGUUGGCUGGAAAUGCAAGCAAGGAUCUGAAAGUGAAGAGAAUCACUCCAAGGCAUCUGCAGCUGGCUAUUAGAGGGGAUGAAGAGCUUGACACCCUGAUCAAAGGUACCAUUGCUGGAGGUGGUGUGAUCCCUCACAUUCACAAGUCCCUAAUCAACAAAACCACCAAGGAUUAGUUGUCUCUGAUUUUAACUAGAUGUUGACUUUUGAGUACUCCUACAUGUUAUGUGCCUUCUUUUUGUUGUAGGCUUUGUUAAUCUUUCUAGAAGAACUGGUCAGUAUAUAUGUUGCAACUCUCUAGGCUUGUUCAUCUGGACUUGGGAUCUCUGUUUAGAGUAGGAAUGAUGUUUGUUGGAUAGUCUUAACUGUGGUUUCCCUAGAUAGUUUAUCCGAUUCUAGCUGCUAAGUUCAGUGUUUGCGUUUGACAUGAUUGUGAAAUUGUUUUUUUGUUCACAAUAUGCAGCCUUUGCUCUUAUGCUUAGUUACAUGGUACGGCACGGAGCAUAGUCGGUCGAGUUUCUUUCAAAUAUUAAUCAAGAAACAUUUCUUGAGAUUCAUGAUUAUAAGAUAGGUGAAGUUUGACCAAGGCUUCAUAAUUUGGUGUGAAACUACUUGUCAGGGUGUAAUAAGCUUUGAAAAGGUUGUCACCAUUGCCAAAGCUUAUUAUUCUGUACGAUAACACUUA